AUCGUUUCCGGCUCUGUUGUAAUCGUGACUGUGCAGCGUAUGGGUGAAACUGAAGCGCGCAGUUGUUUAACCGUCGACGAUGUUGCAUAGUGGACCGUGAUAUAAUUGGAAAACGCAUUAACAGAUCGUCGGAAGAUAAAACGAGAACAACGUAUUGCAGGACUAGGUUGCUUGCAGUACUGAAUCAAAAUGGAAUCAAUGGAUGCGCGUCUUGUGGCGCAAGCAUUGAACUACCAUGGCCAACAGUUGCAGAAAGUGUGGGAGGGAGAACGCAACGAGAAUGAGCUGGCCAUGCUCAAUCUCAAGGAACCAAAUUUUGAGAUCUACCAACAGCGUCAGAAAACACUUAGUUUUGGAGAUAGAGGAAAAAGGCUAAAGCUACAGCAAUUCCUUGCAAAGAAGGCAGAUGCCCUUUAUGAUAAGGCAAACUUGGAGAAAACAGUUGAACCUCUCAAGCAAGAAUUAGGAGAUGAAGAAUUUUAUGCAACAAUGCCAGGCCUUGAUACUUUUGUUACCAUGGAAAAGUCUCAGCGUAUACGAAAUUUUUUGGAGAGUUUGGUCGUUGGAGAUGUUAUUUACGCGCAAGUUAUGGGUAAAAGUGCUGCUGGGCUUCUUCUGAAGGUGCUUUGCAACUGCAGCGACUGCCCGAGGGUUGUUACUGAUUUAGGAGUUAAGGCUCUGAUAUUAAACACGGCCACAGUGCCGGCGGUGGACAAGAAAGGUGUUACAAGAGGCUACAUGGCAAAUGAUCUCAUCUGCGUCGUAGUCAGUGAAGUUAACGUUGAAGCUGAGCGAGUUGUUGCAGUUAUGAACGUACCUGCCCGUGAAGGGCAAGCCCCACACCCACCUAUGGGACUUAUCCAUUCGGAUGAUCUUCCGGAAGCUUAUAAGAAAGCGAUGGACAACAAAGGACAGUCAUACGAAGCGAUGUUGGAGAAUAGUACUGGCUUCAACAACCCAAACAACAUUAAAUAUCUUUGCGACUUGAUGGGUCUCGGUCAAGAGAAUCAUUCCAAUAUGGUUGGUUUGAGAGAAAGAUUCCCUCCAAAUGAAUAUGCGUCCGAAUUGAGACAAGCUCAGGCCAGUAAAUGGGCGUUCCGAAGUGUGGCCGAAGGUAUAGAUCAUUUCAAGGCUGGCCGUCAUACAGAAGCCUUCCAGUGCUUGAACAAAGCGCUGACCGUAGAUCCGCGAAACGUCGAGGGAUUGGUUGCUCGUGGAGCAUUAUACGCUAACAGCGGCAGUUUUAAGAAAGCCAUCGACGAUUUUGAGACCGCGUUGAAACUGAAUCAAACUCACGCAAACGCGCGUAAAUACAUGGCCGAGACGCUGGUCGCUCUGGGUCGAAGUUACGAGGACGAGAAGAAGUACGAAGAAGCCCAGAAAGCGUACGAGAACUGCUUGGUAAUUGCUCCGUACCACGAAGAAGCCAGGAACUCAAUCGAGUACAUCAAAUCUAAAACAUUGACGUCUACUUUGAAUCCACUGGACACGUUCAAGAGUUUCGAGGCCGAGAAUGACGUUGGGGAGAAUAAGAAGGAAAAGAAGAAACGCAAGAAAGAAAGGAAAUCGCGUUCGAAGAAAAGGCAGAGAUGGAGUUCGAGCUCCAGUUCGUCAUCGAGCGGAUCCUCGAGUUCCUCUAGCUCUGAAUCUAGUAGCUCUUCGUCGUCCGGAAGCUCGCGAUCGGCAUCAAGGUCGCCUAGUCGUAAACGAAAACAUAAGAAGGAUCAUCGUGGCUCGUCGCUUUCGCCUCUUAGCAAACGUAUGGCUCAGUACAACAAUCCACCGGCUGCUGCAACAGCUACGCACGAUGUCAUAGCCCCGGUAACUUACGGUACAAAUACUCGAGAUAAGAUGGAUGAUUACGAGAUAAAAGUACGAAAAUUCUUGGAGCAAACAAAGGACGACUCAGAUUACGAAGAUAAGGUAAGGAAAUUCUUGGAGGAAACUGCUAGAUGGAAGAGGGAAAGGGAGAAGGAAAAGAAACAUUCAGAAAGUGAAAAGAUGAAGAAAAAGAAGAAGAAAGAAAAGAAGGGCAAGGACAAAGAGAAAGAAGACAAGAAAAGCCGGAAGAAGAAGAAGAAGGAAGAGAGAAAGAAACGCAAAAAUAAAGACAAACUUGAACGAGACUUAGAAGCCCUGAAAAAAUCUUCGUUACCGGAUUUAGAACAGUUGGAGUCGAAACUGAAUGCGUAUUAUGCGAAAGUUGAAAAAGAAACUGCUGUUUUGAAAAGGUAUGUAGCUCAGUAUAAUGACAUAGCUUCCCCUCUUAGCAACGCGGAGAAGCUCGCUGAGAGCUCACGAAGGGAGGAGGAGCUGCGCAGAGAAAGGGAGAGGGAGAGAGAUGAGGCCUCGAAGGCGUACCACGAACGGGAAGCUAGGGUACCAAUGACCGCACAGCAACGUAAGGGUAAGAUUUUCAAUUGGUUGCCGAAUAGCAACGGUACGUAUAUAUUUAUUGCAUACGAGUUAAUUAUCAAUGUCUGUACAGAAAUCCAAAGGAAGCCUCUGACGGACAUUUUUGAGCAAGAAUCUCAGUUGAUCCAUCCGGAACCCAAAUUACCAACCUUGGACACAGCUGCCCUAAAUGCGAAAUGGAAGGCUGCUCAAGCCGCAAGACAAAAGGACGUCCUUCCACAAAAAUGGCAAGAUGUAUCUCAGGAAAGUAAGAAAAUGCAACCCAAUGUAGAUAGCGACGAAGACGACGACAAUGAAUUGGAGGAGAAAUUGCAGCGCGCAGCUUUGGAGAAGUCGAUGAACAUACGAAAACAGAUGCAACGCGAACUCGCGGAGAAGCGAGCGGCCGCUGCUCAACCAAUGUUGGCUCCAACUCCGCCGCCGUUACCGAAAGAACCACCGAUGCCGAAGCAAGCACCGGUGAAAUAUCCGACACCGCAGCCGCAAAAUAAAUUCCAGUCGUACAAAGAUCCCUCGAUAUCCGUGCCGCAAGCAACGCCUACUAAAUUCAGUUCUAGUAACAAUCUUGGUGGCAAGUUCCAACCGAUUGGGCAGAGUGGUAACAGUGGCGCUGGUCAUCCACCAGAACCACCGCGUCCACCUCCGCCAACGAAGAACCAAAGCCAGGCGAAGGGACCUAGAACAGAUUCUGACAGUGAGACCGAAAGACAGCACAGACAGACGCCUAAGAAACGGGAAUCGAGUGGCAGAGGUGGAGCCGUGACGAAGAGGAUGAGCAGAGACCGUCCAGCGAAACGUUCGCGUAGCAGAUCUCGCAGCGCGUCCAGUUCAGGCUCCUCGAGAUCCCGUUCGCCCAGAAGAAGCCGUUCCCGAUCGUAUUCGAACCGAAGAUCCGGCAGUUACGAAAGGAAGUACAGUCGAUCUCCUUCGGGCACUUACAGCAGGUCGCGUUCCAGGUCACGAUCUAGAUCGUACACGAGGAGUCGUAGCCGCAGCAGAUCCGGGGACAGGAGUUACUAUCGGAAGAGACAAUUCCGACCGUACAAUAAUCGCGGUACCUAUUACAAGCCUCGUUUCCAAGGCUUCAAUAACCCGAACCAUCGUGGCGGUGGUAACAAUUUCCAGAAUCGUAACCGGUUCUACAACAACCAGCACAACAAUCGUUUCGGGAACAGACGCGGCGGUGGUUUCAAUAACCGUGGUGGCGGACGCGGACGCGGCGGUAACCGUGGCGGUAGGUUCUUCCACGGUAAGCAGGGCUUCCGCGACUUCCGGGACAGACGAGACUUCAGAGAUCGCCGCGCCGCGUCACGCGAUCGGUACAGCGACCGUAGCUACUCCCCCGAUCCGAUGCGGAAAGUCGACGAAGCGAAGGAAAAGAUCAACAAGAUGCUCGAAGGUGGCGACGACGUAAUGGAACAUCAACAGGGUGGCGGAGGAUCGAACGUACCUCCCAGCAAAAGGCAAGACGGACCUUUGAGCGAAGGCGAAGAAAGGGACGACGAUGACUACGAGAGGUGGGGAGAGGGCGAGGGGGGCGACACUGCUAACAAGGUUGGUUAGGUCUCUUCUGUGUAGGCUUUCGCGAAUGAACAGCCUAUCUUCUCGUGAUGACGAUCAUGAUAAUCCGGAUGAUGAGAUAAAUAUGAGGAGUAAAAUGAUGAGGAUAUGAUGGUGAUGAUGAUGAUGGUGAUGAGCCACACGUACAAGAAAAACAUGCGACUUAGGAGCCAACUAACUCUCGUUUGUUGCUAGAAUGAGGAGGUUGGACCUGUCGAGGAUAACCUGGAAGGCAAGGAGUACUUCAUUGAGCGCAUGAAGCAGCGAAGCAAGAAUGUAUUAAUGCAGAGAGCCCUUGCUGCUAAGAUUUGGUAGAAAACCACGGUUGCCGUUUGCUGCUUCUUCGAUUCUUCUCCUUCGUCUGUGAUAUAGUUACUUUUCCUCAACAUAAAACAUCGACCGGAUCACGUGAGACAUAGACUUCUUAUUAAUUCUCGGUACCGAUUGUUUUCGGUAUAUGUGUAAAACUGAAAGAACAUAGAGAGGGAUGCUAAUAACGUGUAUAUGGUAGAAGAAGAAAUGUACAACCGAAGUCGUGACAGUCGAGAGAAAUACAGCUUUUACUUUACUUUUAUUCUUAAUUUUUAAACUUUUAACUUUAUUCAUGAAUGCCAGCAACGAACGCCUAUCGUUACGUGAAUAUUUUUCGCUGGACACCAACGUAAUUCGGCUUGUUUCGCUCGAUUGUCAUGCUCGCCCAUAAAUAAUCUUAUAUAGUUAAAUAUCACCCGUGGUUGGUGCGUGUAAAUGCGAGCGUCUCGUCGGGUACUCGUGUCGCAAACGAGCACUCUCGAUUUCUUUCUUUCAUUCUUUCUUUCUUUUUUUUUAAUUUUUAAUCGUUAACGAAAAGAUACACAACUUUCGACUCUAGUACUUAUUAUUCUCGCAUUGUAGCAUUUGUUUUUCUCUCGUCGUAACGAAACUCGUCGUGUAAGUAUUAAAAGCUAGAGAAGAGAGCGAGCGAACCUUCUGCUAUGACGUGCACUUUCGAAGGGAAGUAUUUGGUCGCAGUAUUUGGCGUACGUGAGUGGCUUCUCAUUAUCAUUCAUUAUCAGGAACUAGGAGUCAAUUUGUACAUUCGUUGCUGUUUCAAACGUCAGAAAAAUGAAGUUCAACCGUGUUCAGUUUAAGAAGUUUGCCGAGGAAUUUUCAUGAAUUUUCUUCGCGCCCCUAGCUAUCGGCGAUCCGAUUUUUCACGAUUGAAACACCUCACGUUUUUUUUAACUCCUGCGCUUGAUAAGAUACGGACGGUACAAGCUUUGUAAUGAAUUUCCACGGAUGUCAUAUCGUUUUCCGGUGAAACCUAAUAAAAAUCGCGACUCAUCAUCGUAAAGAAGAAGAGACAUUUCUUUUUAGUAAGGAAAAUAGUUUUUUUUCCCCCCCCUCCCACCAACGUGUCGAGAACCAUCCAAAUUCGGAUAAUUCUCCAUACUGUUUUAGUUCGAAACACGUUCUCACGGCCCGGCCCUUUAUUACGAAUACUUAUUUUAAGGUAUCAUUACAAGUAAUUUACUAGUAAGACACUUAUAUAUGUUGUAUGUAAACGAGUUGCUGUACAAUUCAAAGAUCCGCAAAAAUACAUAACACGAAAAACGGCAAA